AUGGCUUCAAUGUCGACAGCAAGUUACUCGGACCAGACGACGGCAGCACUCCUGCCAGAUGCAAAUUUAGAAACAUGGGAUUUCGUUGUUAUCGGUGUCUAUUUCGCAUUCAUAUUAGCUGUUGGGAUAUGGGCGAUGUGCAGCACGAAUCGUGGAAACGUUGACGGAUUCUUUCUCGCUGGAAGACACAUAACCUGGUUUCCUGUCGGAGCAUCUCUUUUCAGCAGCAAUAUUGGAAGUGGUAGUUUCGUUGGAUUGGCUGGAACAGGAGUGGUCGGCGGAAUUGCAGUCGGUGCAUUCGAAUGGAAUGCUAUGCUUACACUCUUCUUCUUGGGUUGGAUAUUUGCUCCAGUUUAUAUUGCUGCUGGAGUCGUCACAAUGCCCGAAUAUCUUGAGGCAAGAUUUGGAGGCCAAAGAAUUCAAGUGUAUUUAUCAGUGUUGUCGAUGUUGCUUUAUAUUCUAACGAAAGUAUCGGCCGACUUAUAUUCCGGAGCAAUCUUUAUUCAAGAAGCUCUUGGAUGGAAUAUUUAUUUAUCUAUGGUUCUCCUUCUGUUGAUCACUGGAUUAUAUACAGUGACUGGAGGAUUAGCUGCUGUCAUAUAUACAGACACUGCUCAAACUUUAAUCAUAACUAUUGGAUCAGUAAUCAUGAUGGCAUUAUCGUUUGAAAGCAUUGGGGGAUAUGAUCAACUGGAAACAAAAUACAUGCAAGCAGUACCAAGAUUGAGGCCAGCAAACACAACAUGCGGUGAACCGAGGGAGGAUUCUUUCAGCGUUUUUAGAGAUCCAGUUACUGGAGAUCUUCCUUGGCCUGGACUAACUUUCGGUUUAACAAUAUUAGCUACGUGGUACUGGUGCACAGAUCAGGUCAUUGUUCAAAGAACGUUGGCAGCAAAGAACUUGUCACAUGCAAAAGGAGGUUGUGUUUUGGCAGGGUUUAUUAAAAUAAUGCCAAUGUAUACAAUUGUAAUGGUUGGAAUGGUCAGCAGAAUCGUAUUAACUGAUGCAGUUGCAUGUGUACUACCAGAAGAAUGUAUGAAAUAUUGUGGUUCAACCGUCGGUUGCUCCAAUGUUGCUUAUCCUAAGCUUGUACUGGCAACCAUGCCAACGGGAGCAAAAGGAUUGCUACUAGCAGCCAUGGUUGCGGCUUUUAUGUCUUCUUUGACAUCAGUAUUCAACAGUGCUUCUACUUUAUUUACCUGUGAUAUUUGGACAAAGAUUCGAAAAAACGCAUCUCAACGUGAAUUAAUGAUUGUUGGCCGUGUGUUUAUUCUUGGCAUGGUGGGAGUGAGCAUUGCCUGGGUGCCAAUCAUACAGGAAGCUGCAAGUGGACAACUAUUUGACUAUAUACAGGCUAUAACAAGUUAUCUCGGUCCUCCAAUUGCAACCAUCUUUGUGACUGCUGUAUUUUGGCCAAGGCUUAAUGAGCCGGGUGCUUUCUGGUCAUUGUUAAUCGGAAUGGUUAUUGGUAUAACGCGAAUGAUAUUGGAUUUUGUCUACACAGCACCAUUAUGCGGAGAAGAAGAUACAAGACCACUAGUUGUGUCAAAGGUCCACUAUCUUUAUUUCGCGUUGAUUCUUACGGGUUGCACGUUGAUCGUAGCAGUUAGUGUUAGCUUGUGCACUCCCCCUAUUGCCAGUGAACACUUGUACAGAUUGACAUUUUGGACCCGAAUGAGUAAGAAGAAAAGAAUUCCAAUCGAACAGACUUUUGAACUUCAUGGAUCCGGUAACCAGCAGAACGAUGUACUGAAUGAACGUUAG